AAGGACGAUUGAAGGUCAAAUUGAGCCCUAAUAUGAUAGGAGGAAAGUGCACCAUUUCACACGCAACACCUCGUGACCGCCAAUCAACUGCAUGUUUCCACAUUAAAAAACGUUUAAGAGCGCCCUAUAAAAUGGGUCAUUUCUGUAACAUCCUCAACAGGCGACCCGUUCACGCAUAAGGUUUUAACCCCCAUUCGUCCACAAGCGUAGGGGCCACCCCAUGGUUGACUAUAACGUGCCGCCUUUUUAAUCUCCAUUGUGGGCUCGCUUUCCCAUUUAGUCUGAUCAGAAAAUGGAUUCAUUCAAGGCAGUCAUGAAUCCAACUAUCACCAAAGAUUCAUUCAAGGCAGUCAUGGAUCCAACUAUCAUCAAGAUGUUAGAUGGCGAUGGGUAUUCAAGGCGCAUAGUUGUUAGGAAGCCGUGGAGCUGCACUCCACAUCUGUCCUUCCACGAUUUCGCUGCCCACAUUCGAAAGAUUUACAAGUUGCCCUCCGACAGAAGGGUGCGCAUCGUGUACAAAAAGGAAGGAGAAAUGGCUGCUGCAGAAGACGAUCUAGAGUUUGAGGCUGCAUGUUUUGAUGCAAUGCCCGGCCAGUCUAUUCAAGCAGUGCCUGAACAGUAUGUCAAGGGCUCCUGGUAUCGCCUCAAUUCGCAAAACCCGGUCGAAUCAGUAAUGAAAACUAUGGAUUUGCGUUAAACAGCGAUAAGUAAAUAGAAUUGUUAAGUUUCUCUAUCUGCUAUGGAUAUUUUGAAAGGAUAAAGUUAUAAGGCGAAAAAUGUCUCCAGAUCUGAACGAGGUUUGAAUUGACAAGUUUAGGCCUAUCUUAUUAAAUUAGGGUUUG